CGAAGUCAAACCGCGCACCUCGUUCCUCCCGCUAUAAAAUGGGCAGCAGUUAGGCCAGAUGAUACGAAGAGAUUGAAUCCUUAACAUUCCAUACUUUCCUACACCGGCUUUUCUCCUCCCGUUCUUCAACCCCUCCCAUCCUUUCCCUCCUCUCCUCUUUCUCCAUCCACCCAUGGUACUCCGCUCUCCUGCCCCGAUGGAGAUCAAAAUGGCCACCGCCGCCGCCGCCUCCCAGCAACCGCCUCCGCUGGUAUUUGACGCUGCCGUCCUCAGCCAGCGGUCGGACAUUCCGGUCGAGUUCGUCUGGCCGGAGGAGGACAAGCCCACCCCGGAUGCUGCUGAGGAGCUCUCCGUCCCCCUGAUCGACCUCGGCGGCUUCCUCUCCGGAGACCCCACCGCCGUGGCCGAGGUCUCCCGACUCGUCGGCGAGGCGUGCAGUCGGUACGGCUUCUUCCACGUCGUCAACCACGGCAUCCCCUCGGCGCUCCUCGCCGAGGCCAACCGCUGCGUCGAGGCCUUCUUUCUGAUGCCGCUCGCCGAGAAGCAGAGGGCCCAGCGAAAGCCCGGCGACAGCUGCGGCUACGCUAGCAGCUUUACAGGGAGGUUCGCCAACCGGCUCCCGUGGAAGGAGACCCUUUCUUUUCGCUUCUCCUCCUCUCCUCUCUCUCCAGAUAUCGUGCAGGACUACUUCGUCCACACUCUUGGCGAAGAUUUCCGGCACUUCGGCACGGUAUACCAAGACUACUGCAAUGCGAUGAGCAAGCUGUCGUUGGCGAUAAUGGAGAUUCUCGGGAUGAGUCUUGGGGUGGGGCGGGCAUAUUAUCGGGAGUUUUUCGAAGGGAAUGAUUCGAUGAUGAGGCUGAACUACUACCCGCCGUGCCAGAAGCCGGACCUGACUCUCGGCACUGGCCCCCAUUGCGACCCCACCUCCCUGACCAUCCUCCACCAGGACGACGUCGGCGGCCUUCAGGUGUUCGCCGACGGCAAGUGGCACACCGUCAGCCCCAAACCCAAUGCCCUUGUUGUCAACAUCGGCGACACCUUCAUGGCGUUGUCGAAUGGGCGGUACAAGAGCUGCCUGCACCGGGCAGUGGUGAACAGCAAGGUGGCGAGGAAGUCUUUUGCCUUCUUUCUCUGCCCGGAGAUGAACAAAAUAGUGCGGCCGCCGCUGGGGCUGGUGGGCGCCGACCACCCGAGGGCCUACCCGGACUUCACGUGGUCGGCGCUGCUCGAGUUCACCCAGAAGCACUACCGGGCUGAUGCGAACACCCUCGACGCCUUCACCAAGUGGAUCCUCCAGGCCGAGGGCCCCGUGCCGCUGUGAUGACAUGGCUGGGGGGAUUUUCUAUCAAUUUUAAAUGUCAUCAAACCUUUUGGAUUUAACUAGCUAGUUAGUGUGUGUUGGGGGGGGGGGGAUCGGAUACCGAGGAAGGUAUGGUGUGAAGAAAUAAUGCGGCUGGGGAAUGAAGCAAAAGUACGAGUAAGAUAAAAACUUGUUUGCCACUGUUAAUACCACUGUAAAAUAAAUUUCUCACAGAGGCCAGCACAUCUCUUGCCAUCA